AUGCGUUGCAUACGUAUUGUACUGCAUGACGGUGAUUCGAUCUGUGGAGCGACGUUUUCUGAUAGAGUGCUGACAAUGUGGCUGGACGGGCUGACAGACCUCAUUGGUAGCGGUUCGCUUAGUCGUGACGCAAUGACCACCGCUGAUCGCUUGCUGAACAUCGAACUACGUCUUAGACUGUUGGACGUGCCAAAUCCACAAUCUUCCGUUGAAGUUAACCGUCGCGCCGAUUGGCUUUUUAAGGAAGGAACGCAUCAUGAAGAAUCUUCACUCGUAGACGUGGAGCAGCGCAUCUCAUAG